CCUCGAUGGACAGGAACCGUGAAGACAGUGUUAAUAUCCAAGGCCAGGGCGACAAAAAGCCUCAGGCAAAGUCAUGCAGGGCCUGAACCGAGGCAGGAUUGUUGCAUUCGAGAGUUUGGUAGCAUCAGCGAUAGCCAAUGGUAUGGUAUGUCAUCGAGCUUGCACGGGCUUGGCAUUGACAUGUUCGCAGAAACCCUGUCUUGCCCGCUACCUCAGGCCCCAGGAAAAUAUUUCCGGUCACGCGAUUCUCCGGGACUUUUGCCUGCACCACUCCGAAACCAUAAAAUCAUGGCAAUGGGAAGCCCGCCCAGUUCCCUUUUUGGUGGAGGCGGUCCCUGGUGCCUGUAG